GCGGGGCGGUCGAGGCCCAAAGGUGGGCGGCGGCUACGGAAAGUUCCAGAGCCGGGUUGGGACCACGAGGAGCGGCGAUGGCGGAGCAGUGGACCAGCAGCAUCAACCGGGCCAAUAAGAUGGCUCUGCUCACCUGGAUGAGAGAAACCGGCAUCGACCUGGUGCAGGUGAACGGGCAGCGGCGGUACGGCGGCCCUCCGCCAGGGUGGGUGGGCAGCCCGCCGCCCCCAGGCUCCGAGGUGUACAUCGCCAAGCUGCCGCGGGACCUGUAUGAGGACAAGCUCAUCCCGCUCUUCCAGAGCGUGGGGCAGCUCUACGAGUUCCGCCUCAUGCUGACCUUCAGCGGGCUGAACCGCGGCUUCGCCUACGCCAAGUACAGCGACCAGCACAGCGCCGGGAAGGCCAUCGCCGCCCUCAACAACUGGGAGGUGCAGGAGGGCCGCGCCAUCCUGGUGUGCCGGAGCUUCGAGAAGUGCGAGCUGAGCGUGAACGGGCUGCCCGCCACGCUGCGCCGCGGGGAGCUGGGCGCCCUGCUGCUGGAGAUCACCGAGGGGCUGCUGGGCUUAACGCUGCACAACAGCCCCGACCGCAAGCAGGGCAAGGUCGCCUUGCUGACCUAUAGCUCGCACCGGGCUGCCGCCAUGGCCAAGAAAGCCCUGGUGGAAGGGAACGUCGGCGUCUUCAAGAAGGCGAAGGUGGAGUGGCUGAAGCCUGAGCUGAAGGAGGAGCUGCAGGCGCGUGGGGAGAAGCCGCCCCCCAGCAACGUGCGGCGCCUGGGGAGCCCCAAGCGGGGGCUGCCAUCCUCGGAGCUGCGUGGCGCUCUGGGCCGACUGCAGGCCUUGUGCCGGUGGCUGCAUCUGGGGAGCCCCCACUUCCUCACCAGGUGCGUGCAGGCAGAGCCCGACGGCUGGCAGCGGUACUGGGGCCAGGUGGUGAUCCCAUCCUACCCCGUGCCCUGCAGCACCUUCCUGUGGGUGCGGGAGGACGCGGCGGGCACUGCGGGGCACGAGAAGAUCAAAGAGGCGGUAGCGCAGCUGGCCCUGAUGAUGCUGGGGUACUGAGGAUGUAUGCGGGCACGCGUUGUGCCCCAGCUAUGAAAUGAACCCGAGACACCCGAUGUCACAUCGUGGAGCAGAGCUGAGCCCAGUGGGGCCGUGUUCCUGUUCAGCCUUGUUUUGAGUUCGUUGGGGGUUUGUUUAAGGGCCAUGUGGAGGGCGUGGGCACUGCCGCGUUCCCACCGGCGCUGGGUCCGUUGUGAGCAGCGGGCACGUCCUGCCUGCUGCCAUGUUUUCCUGUUGAUGAAGUUGUUUUGUGUUGCUGUGGUGCUGCAGGGCUCUCAGGAGGAGCAGCAGCUGCCUGGAAGGAUGCGAGCUGGGGGGGCUGGCAGGGGGAGGCUGGCACUGGGCCCCAUUGGUUGCAGCCCCAUUGCCAUGAGGCAGUUGGGGGACCCUGGGCUGUCUGCAGGCACUGCCUGCAGCCUGGAGGCCAGCGGCCACCUGCUGGCGAUUAAAGGAGCCUGGGAAGCUG